CCCCCCCCCUUCCCGAGGGCGGUUACCGGCACCGGGAGAAAGUUACCGGCGGGACUGAGUCCCGGCAGCGGCUGCAGGUGGCUCUGGGCUGUUCCCAUGGCGGAGAAAUCGGAUUCCCGGGAUUCCGAGAGCAGCUGGGUGCUGGCAGGGGGCGAGGCUCUGCCCGUCACCACAGUUGGUCCAGAGCAGGAUUCGGCCUUCCCUGGGGCUGAGGAUGAGCUGGAGGAGGAGGAGGAGGAAGGCUCCCAGGACACUGUCACAGGUGUGACCGCCAACGGUGCAGCCGCCGUCCCUGGCCAGACCCCACGCCCCGACGCCCAUGGGCUGGCAGACCCAGGAGAGUGUUGGGACCCUGGGGUCGGGGCUGUGCCCACACCAGAUGGCUCUACAGAGCCCGAUGUGCUGGAUGACCAGGAGCGGGAGCAGCCUGAGGCUGAGCUGGGACCCUGCCCUGACGCCCCUAAAGCAGAGCCACCAACAGAGGAGGGGAGCUGCACCAGCAGCGACGAGGACACGGAGGGGCGGCGGCGACAGCAGAGCCGGGAGCCCCGUCCUACCCCUGCCCCGCAGCAGGGGACACCGGACGCUGGUGCUGAGGAUGGGCUGAGCUUGAACAAGUACCUGCUGGGUGUCCUGGCGCUGGUGGCUAUGGGACUGCUGAUUGUCACCGGUGGCAUCUAUGACCCAGUGGAUGGCCCCGUGGAGAAUGUGGUGACCCGGGAUGUGGUGGCUGGGGAGCAGGAGUGGCCGCUGCCCACCGACAGCAAUGACUCACAGCAGAAGUCCACCGUGUCAGAUGCUGGGGAGCCCCAGAGCCUGCAGUCCCUGAGCCUGCUCCUGGACAAGCUGGCCAAGGAGAACCAGGAGAUCCGACUGAUGCAGGCAGAGCUGCAGGCCCACAAGGACGAGCUGCAGACCCUGCUGCGGAGGAGCGAGGGGGAGGCGGCGGCCGCCGGGGCGCAGCAGCGGAGCCUGGCCGAGGAGAACGCGCGGCUGCAGGCGGCGCUGGAGCGGGAAAGUGCCGAGCUCCGCCACGCCCGGGACCAGCUCCAGCGUCUGCGGGCCUCCCAGGCACCUGGCAGCCCCGGGCUCAGGGAGCCGGCGGCCGAGCAGCCCCCCGGUGCUCCAGCCCACCAUGAAGGUGCCCGGUGGCACCUGGCUGCGGUGCGGCAGGAGCUGAUGAGAGCCCUGGAGCGGGCACGGGGCUCUGGGGGUCUCGAGGGGCUGAUGGAGGAGCUGAGCACCCUGGAGCAGCGCCUGGGCCGGGAGCUGGAGGCAGAGGGGGCCGAGCCCUUCCCCGGGCGCUGGAAGAAGCCGUUCAAGACGGAGAAGAAGGAGAACAAGCGGCACAAGCGGCAUGGCCCCGAGGGAGAUGAGAGGAGGGAGCAGGGCAGAGCCCAUGGGAAGGACCCCCGCCCCCCCCAUGAGCACAAGGCAGGCAAAACCUGGGGGAAAUCGUCCUAUGGGCCUCCCCGUGAGCUGCCCCCGCUCAGCCGGUACCGGGCACCCCAGGGCUGCUCAGGGGUGGUUGAUUGUGCCCACAAAGAGGGUCAGGAGGUGCUGGGGGCUGUGCUGGAGCCAGUGCAGAAGGGGCAAUUCCUGCGGUUGCUGGAGGAGUUCAUGGGGCGGCUGGACUGGGGGAGGCACUUCAAGGGGCUGGCAGCGAAGCUGGGGGGGGUCUUCGGGCCUGAUGGCACCUUCGCCCACGACCGCCUGCGCUUUGUUGACUUUGUGGACGAUGUGGAGGAGCUCCUGGAGGAGGUGGCACGGCGGGAGAGGGGCAACAAGGAGGCAGCCGACGGCUUUGAGGAGUUUGUCCUGCGGCAUUAUAGUGGGGACCAGGGCGGUGCUGGGAAGGAGCGAGGCUGGAGACCCUCACGGCAGCACCACAGGGGUGGGUAGAGCCACAGCAAGUGCCCCACCACAGGCUGCCCCACACCCCCCUGAGCAGGGGAUCUUCACCACCUGGUUGUAGGUGGGCUGGGGCUGCAGUGGUGCCCCCCAGAGCUGGAUAGCACUGGGCUCCCCCAGAUGCACUGUGUGACACAGCAUGGCCACCACGCAAUAAAGUCACUGCUGGGCAGA